GGCAAGUGGAUGGGGACAGAGACGUUCGUCGUGUCAGCUGUUAUUGAGCACGAAAUAUUAAUGAAAACGCCGUUACUUGAGCAGGUUUCUCAUUCGAACUGCGAACGACUAGAAGAUUUUGCCAUUCAACUCAAACCCUUUCAGGACAUUGAUUAAGUUGGCGUUUCUGAGAAAAAUACCAAUUUGCUGCCACUAAGCGUGUCCCUGGAUGAAGACCGUGAUCUUGGACGCACUCAAGCUGAUUGAAGAGCACGGUUCAUUUUGAUCUUGUAAAACCUUAAAGCUAACAACAGUAACGAAAAGUGGUGGUCACGGCCACAACAUGCAUAUUUGUUUUAGAUUGCACUGAUUUUGGAAAUUUUGGAAAAGCACUCAAAAUGAAAAUGUAAGUCGUCAUUAUUGCGGAUUUAAAUGUCUCGUGCAAAGCGACGCAGACCUGCGGUUUCUCUCCACUGUGCGUGUACAGCAACAAUUUUUGGCUGAACAAAAAUAUUUCAUAUUGAAGAAAUUGGAUCGAAAAUACUGUUGAGCGGCGAGGGAUAUUUGAAGCAAUAUGGCUGAUUGGCUGGGUUGGGGGCGCUGGCAGGAGCUCUCCAAAGCUUCUAGAUGCUAGCUCUGGCAGAUGGCAACGUUUCCUAUGGCAGCAGCAGCUCUAUAAUGAGUAAUAAUAUUAAUUAUAAUAAAAAUCCGGACUCUUCUGUCUCUAUGUCAAAGAUGGUGAUGAUCCCGUUUUCACCAGACGUACCUUGUGACAAAAAUGGCGAGCGCAUGUGGUGGGCAUUCCUUGCCUCAUCCAUGGUGACGUUCUUCGGGGGUCUCUUCAUCAUCCUCCUGUGGAGGACCCUCAAGUACCUGUGGACUGUCUGCUGCCACUGUAACAUCAAAAAUAAGGAGGCACAGAAGGUGAAUAGCGGGAAGGCCGACGGGCCAGUGAAGAGUCAGGAUGAGAAGGAGGAAGCUCCAGCCAAUGAGGUGGGCUGGAUGACCUCGGUCAAAGACUGGGCCGGGGUGAUGAUCUCAGCGCAGACUCUCACGGGCAGAGUACUGGUGGUGUUAGUCUUUGCGCUCAGUAUUGGAGCCCUUGGGAUAUACUUCAUAGACUCCUCUGAUCCUAUAGAAUCCUGUCAGAAUUUCUACAAAGACUUCACAUUACAGAUCGACAUGGCAUUCAACGUGUUCUUCUUACUCUACUUUGGUUUGCGUUUCAUUGCAGCCAACGAUAAGCUGUGGUUCUGGCUGGAGGUGAACUCCGUGGUGGACUUCUUCACUGUGCCACCAGUAUUCGUGUCGGUGUAUCUGAACAGGAGCUGGCUGGGUCUGAGAUUUCUAAGAGCCUUGAGACUGAUACAGUUCUCAGAAAUAUUACAGUUUUUGAAUAUCUUAAAAACAAGUAAUUCCAUCAAGCUGGUGAACCUGUGUUCCAUCUUCAUAAGCACAUGGCUCACUGCUGCAGGAUUCAUUCAUCUGGUGGAAAACUCAGGGGAUCCUUGGGACAACUUCCAAAAUUCCCAGCCACUUACAUAUUGGGAAUGUGUGUACUUACUCAUGGUCACUAUGUCCACGGUGGGAUAUGGAGACGUCUGUGCGAAAACCACUCUCGGCCGCCUGUUCAUGGUCUUCUUCAUUCUCGGCGGUCUGGCCAUGUUUGCCAGCUACGUCCCUGAAAUCAUAGAGUUAAUAGGAAACCGCAAGAAAUAUGGUGGUUCCUAUAGCGCGGUAAAUGGCAGAAAGCACAUUGUGGUCUGUGGUCAUAUCACACUUGAAAGUGUUUCCAACUUUCUUAAAGACUUCCUACACAAGGACAGGGAUGAUGUCAAUGUAGAAAUUGUUUUUCUCCAUAAUAUUUCCCCUAAUCUUGAGCUGGAAGCCUUGUUCAAACGUCACUUCACUCAGGUGGAAUUCUACCAAGGAUCUGUUCUCAACCCACAUGAUCUGGCUAGGGUCAAGAUUGAGUCAGCAGAUGCAUGCCUGAUUCUGGCAAAUAAGUACUGUGCAGACCCUGAUGCUGAAGAUGCCUCCAAUAUAAUGAGAGUAAUAUCAAUCAAGAAUUACCAUCCAAAGAUAAGAAUAAUCACUCAAAUGUUGCAGUACCACAACAAGGCCCAUCUGUUAAACAUUCCCAGCUGGAACUGGAAGGAGGGCGAUGAUGCGAUCUGCCUGGCUGAGCUGAAGGCAGGCUUCAUUGCCCAGAGCUGCCUGGCACAGGGCCUGUCCACCAUGCUCGCCAACCUAUUCUCCAUGAGGUCAUACAUCAAGAUAGAGGAAGACACAUGGCAGAAGUAUUAUCUGGAGGGCGUGGCCAAUGAGAUGUACACAGAAUACCUGUCCAGUGCCUUUGUUGGGCUUUCUUUUCCUACAGUUUGUGAGCUGUGUUAUGUGAAGCUUAAGUUGUUAUUGAUCGCUAUUGAAUACAAGUCCGAGCAGAGGGAGAGCAGAAGCAGAAAGCGCAUUCUGAUCAACCCCGGGAACCAUGUCAAGAUGCAGGAAGGAACCUUGGGCUUCUUUAUAGCCAGUGAUGCCAAAGAGGUCAAAAGAGCAUUUUUCUACUGCAAAGCUUGUCAUGAUGACAUCACAGAUCCCAAAAGGAUCAAAAAGUGUGGCUGCAAGAGAGUGAUAUAUUUCGAAGACGAGCAUCCAUCAACACUGUCGCCCAAAAAGAAACAGCGCAAUGGAGGCAUGCGAAAUUCGCCCAACUGCUCGCCCAAAGUGAUGAGACAUGACCCUCUGCUUAUUCCGGGAAAUGAGCAGAUGGAGAGCAUGGAUGUUAAUGUGAAGAGAUAUGAUUCCACUGGAAUGUUUCACUGGUGUCCAUCCAAAGACAUAGAGAAGGUUAUUCUGACACGAAGUGAGGCCUCUAUGACAGUUCUGAGUGGACAUGUCGUGGUCUGUAUAUUUGGAGAUGUCACGUCCGCUUUAGUAGGCCUAAGAAACUUGGUGAUGCCUUUAAGAGCGAGUAACUUCCAUUACCAUGAGCUGAAACACAUUGUGUUUGUGGGCUCACUGGAUUACCUGAGGAGAGAAUGGGAAACUCUACACAACUUCCCCAAGGUCUCCAUCUUACCCGGUACGCCAUUAAGUCGAGCUGAUUUAAGGGCUGUCAACAUCAACCUCUGCGACAUGUGCGUUAUCCUGUCAGCCAAUCAGAACAAUAUCGACGAUGCUUCACUGCAGGACAAGGAAUGCAUCUUGGCAUCACUCAACAUCAAAUCUAUGCAGUUUGAUGACAGCAUUGGGGUCUUGCAGGCUAAUUCCCAAGGUUUCACACCUCCUGGCAUGGAAAGGUCUUCUCCAGACAAUAGUCCCGUGCACGGCUUGGUCCGCCAGGGUUCUGUCACUACAGGCUCUAACAUCCCAAUCAUAACUGAAUUAGUGAAUGACUCAAAUGUUCAAUUCCUGGACCAAGACGAUGAUGAUGACCCGGAUACGGAGCUGUACCUGACCCAGCCGUUUGCUUGCGGUACUGCCUUCGCUGUCAGUGUGCUAGACUCCCUCAUGAGUGCUACGUACUUCAACGACAACAUCCUGACGCUGAUCCGGACGCUGGUGACGGGAGGGGCCACGCCGGAGUUGGAGGCCCUGCUGGCGGAGGAGAAUGCUCUGCGUGGGGGCUACAGCACUCCACAGACGCUGGCUAACAGGGACAGGUGUCGCGUGGCCCAGCUGGCCCUCUACGACGGGCCCUUUGCAGACUUGGGGGAUGGUGGUUGCUAUGGGGAUUUAUUUUGUAAAGCAUUAAAAACAUACAACAUGCUAUGCUUUGGCAUCUAUAGAUUAAGAGAUGCACAUCUAAGCACACCAAGCCAGUGCACAAAAAGAUAUGUCAUCACCAAUCCGCCGUAUGAGUUUGAGCUGGUCCCCACAGACCUGAUCUUCUGCCUGAUGCAGUUUGACCACAACGCGGGCCAGUCCCGCACCAACCUGUCCCACUCCUCUCAUUCCUCCCACUCGUCCAGCAAAAAGAGCUCCUCUAUUCACUCUAUCCCUGCCACCAACCGGCAGAACCGCAGCAGCAAGUGCCGUGAGGCACGGGACAAACACAAUGCAACAAGGAUGAAUAGAAUGAGCCAAGAAAAGAAAUGGUUUACAGAUGAACCGCAAUACGCCUAUCCAAGGAACAUUCAAAUCAAGCCCAUGAGCACUCACAUGGCCAAUCAAGUCAAUCAGUACAAAUCCACUAGCAGCCUGAUUCCACCUAUCAGAGAAGUCGAAGAUGAAUGCUGAAGGCCUGGCGUUGUAUGGCGGGGAGGAAGUUGGAACAUCCUAUCAUAAAAGAUGGGUGGUGAUGGUGAUGAUGAUGAUGAUGAUGAUGAUGAUGAUGAUGAUGAUGAUGAUGAUGAUGAUGAAGAUACCACUGUACUUCCCUUGCACCACAACCCAAGGGUUUUGUUGUGAUCAUGAAAACUGGAAGGGACCUCCCAUGUGUAUACCUUUAAUGUUACUUCCAUGUUUUUGGAAAUUUUUAAUUUAUAAAUGUAUACAUAGUGAUGUAUAAAGACAAUCAAUUAAGGAUUGUACAGCCCCCUAGCACUUUUUGAAAUUAUGUUAUAACAGUAAAAAAAAAGGUACUUCCUGUAAUUCUUUGCAAUAUCUCAUGUCUGUUGUGACCUGACUCUGUGCAGAAGGGUUUGUGUUAUGGAGGAUGAGGGUCACAGUCAUUAAGCUCGUUCUAACAUUACCCAAAGAACCUCGUCUGAAGUGUCUGAAAAGUCCCACUAGUUGAGUUUCGCACACUCUCAUCUGCUUCUUUUUGCACUAAACAUAAUCAAGUUAAUGUUGAAUAACUUGAGACAUCAAAUGUUGCUCUGGGUUGCUUGCUGGGUUAUCUCUGGGUAAUAGAGUCUCUGCUUUUCGCUGAGUGGUAAGGGAACCUGCUGGCUGAGAGGGUAGCGCGAAAGGCCCUGUUCGUGGAGAUGGGUGAUGAGUGUUGGCUUGACAGGGGGUGCAUGGACCUCAGUCGUGCAUGCUGUGUGCCAGGGGCGUUCAUUUGACAACUGAGUACAUGUUGUGCACAACCUAAUAUAUAGUGACCGAACGUGACAUCCUUUCCAUCCAUAUGCACCGUCCAGUUCAUCAUAUAUGAGAAUGUAUUUGCCAUAUUCAUGUAAUAAUGCGAAAGGUUGUCCCUAGCUUAGCCCUUAAAAAUUGGCAAUACAUUGUGAGGAUAUGCACUACUUUGGUCAAUGUCUUUCCAUCAUGCUUGACUGCUGCUGUUGCUGUGGUUGGAAAACUGUGUGAUUAAUGCUCAUAAUGUGUUCGUUUCAAAAAGGCACAGGACACAAAUGCAGGUUUGUGCCUGUGGAUCUUUUAUUAAUAUAAAAUGAAUGAAAUACACACUAUACUCAUAUGUUGAUAAUCCUACUAUGAUUGAGCUUUCAAUUCAUAUUUAACAUUUGCUCCCACUAGAACAAAAAUAAGUAUUGCUUCGAACAUUGAUAUGUGUAUGGUUUAAUAUGCCACAUAUUGCGAAAAGUGGGCAUCCAUGGUUCCUCCCUCUGAGUGUAGCCACUGCCUGACACACUGUUGGCACAGAGGCAGAAAUAUGUGCUUGGAUGUUCUCUGUGACCAGCCAUGGUGCCUGAAAACUGUAGAGAGACUUAGACUGAUGGACAAAGCAAGCUCAAUCAUAGUUGUCAAUUAUCACCAAAAAAGUGAAUCUUGAAAAUUUAAUGUGUUGCUCUGGUACUAGACUGGACAGAAUGAACUACACUUAACAACUGGAAUGGGUGUGUAGCCUUUAUGUUAAGUGGGAGGUAUACAAAUACACAUGUUAAACAGAACUUUGAACUUUGCUUCAAAUAUUCUGUCAAAUUUAUACAUACUGUACGUACAUACUUAUUUUUUAUCCAUAUGAGCGUAAUCAUUUUGUACUUAUUUUUAUACAUAUCAAAGAACUUUAUUUCUAAAAUUAUCUUAAAUGCAUCUUACCAAGAUUACAGUGCAUACCAGUUUACUUUGGUGUUCAUUUUCCCCUUGGCAACAGAACAUAUCACAUUGCUUUAAUAAGCUCAAACAAAAUGUCUACAAAAUGUCGAUAUUAUGUUAUAGGAGACAAACUGAGUCAAAAAGGUACAACCUCAGCAAUCCAUUUUUUUUUUUUUUUUUUGUGGAACGUACUUUGAUGCUUGAUACAUGGGCUGCAUUGGAGGACUGCUUUGUAGCUAAAUGUAUUUAAAAUAGUAUACUAUGUAACUUUCAUCGGCUAAUAUUUAAAUAUCGGUACACUCAAAUUUAAUUCCAAGUUAAAAGCGAAUGUGAAAAGAUUCAUGGAUGGAUACAAACAGUAAGGUGCAUGAUGAUGGGUCAUUGCUAAUGGUUUGUAUCUACUCUUUCUCUUACAUGGGUAGAAUUGAUAAUGUAAUUGUUGAUGCUGACCUAAAUUAGGUCUCAGGAAACAGAGGAACAUGCUGAUGUAUAUUCAAGUGCGUACAUCUAUAAUUCACUCAAAAUGACAUUUAAAAUGUCCUCAGUCAGCAGUGAGCAAAUGGACAUGGUUAUAGACAUAAGACAAAAAGACACUGACAAAAUUCCAUCUGCUAAGGGAAAAAAAACAGAUAUAUAGUGAAGUAUGUUGUGCACAUUCUAACCAUUAUAGGACACAUUUUAUUUUCAGAAGAAAAAGGAUCUCCGCUUUAAUGUUUGUCUACUGGAUGUAGUAUGAUAUUACUGCAGCCAACUAGGCUUUGUCCUGAAGUGAUUUUUUGAAUUGUGAAUACAUUGAUGUUACACUUUGUAGCAAGUAGAUUUCUUUAAAAAAAUGUAUGUACAAUGUAUGUAAAAUUGGAUUGUCAAUGACAUACUUGCUAGCCUGAAAAAAUGAAUUCUAAUCUAAAAAUCAAUCAUGAAUCACUAUCAGUGGAUAGUUGGAGUUAAAAGUUCAUAUUAUUAUUUUUUUCAUCAAUGAUUUGUCUAUGUAAGAUCCUUUUCCUGUAAUGAAGCUCUUGCAGUACAUUACAAAAAAAGCUGAAUGGGUGAAAGCAGGUUUCAUUUACUGACAGUUUAGAAGCUUUUGGAGGCUAGUACAAGCUUUUUUUUAAUACUAAAUUAUAUAUAUGAAUUCUUUAAUGAUUCUUUAAUGAUGUCAAAGUUUACAUUCCAUUUUUCAGCUUUUAAGUCAGUCAUUUGCAUGAAAGUCACAAUCAUUAAUUUAUUUACAUUUGCUUUGUAAAUUAGGCUUCGGAGAUAGCUAACAUGAAAAUAAUAAUAGUAAUAUUAAAAAAUUAAUCAGGAUUUCUCAUUUAGGAGAAAAGAAAUCAAUAUACAUUGUUUUAUUUUUCUAGAACUUGAGAUGUUUUUUCACCCCUAAAGUCUGUCCACAAGGUGAUCAGUGAGGGUUGUUGUUUAGCUUGACUUUUUGACUUUCUUCUCCAGUGCAACAAGAUUCCUAUUAGUACCAUGCAGUACCAUGCAGUCUAUGUGUGCAUAAUGGAAGGGGAAGACAUAUCCUCUCCAUGUGAGUCUGUCUGAAGUGCCAUGGUGCUGUCUCCUAAGUAGCAUCAUUCAGUCAUGUGGUAAAAAGAGGCUGAUUCAUUUGUGUACAGUGGCAUCUAAUACUGGCAUGGAGAACAUCCAAGCCAUCUAUGCCUCCAUGCCAGUGCUGUGCCAGGCAGUGGCCAGACUAAGGAGGAACACUCCAAGGCCCACUACAGCGAAAAGUGGCAUCUACACUGGCGAAAAGGUGAACACAUGCAUAGCCCAACUGUAGAACUCAUAAGGUUUUAAAACAUAUUGAAACUUUAAAGCAAAGGAUUAAUAAUACAAAAACAUGGGGACUAAUAAAUUAACACUGACUGAAAGAUGCAGGAGGGGCACUAAAUGAGUUUUUUAGUUUGUAUGAUCAUCUGUCUUAUUUGUUCAAGAGUAUUUUAGUUAAACUAUAUCAGCUUUAAGUACAACCUUACUAAUAUAUGUCAUAUAGCACUGUCAUCUUGCAGAAUUCUGGCAAUUUUAUUCUAAUGUAUACAAUAAACUGUAUGAGGGAAUUAAGUCUUAAGAUGAAAUUCCAUCAGGUAUUUUUUUUCAGUUAAAAAUUACAGGACAUUACAUUUAUAUUUAAUUAUUGGCAUAUUCAUUACAGGAAAAGGGAAUUUAUCAUAGCAGAUUUAAUUAUUUUAACUGUUUUAGAUAAUGGAUAAAUGAAGAAAUUGAUGGUGCUGAGUUGAUCUACCUGACUCUGUCAAAUAUAACCUGCUGAUAAAUAUACUGUCUUGUACAAAAGGUUUGUACAUAAAUUGUACAUGUUUCUUUUUGUAUUUUCUCAAAUUAAAAUGGAUGUAUUUGUGUUCUAAA